CAAUAAAAAAUGUCUAUCUUCCUUUGUUUCCUCUUAUUCUUCCCUCUCUCUUUACUCUUCUUUAACAAGCUUUCAUCAUCCAAAGGGAAGCUGCCUCCAGGACCGAAGGGUCUUCCAAUCAUCGGAAACUUGCACCAACUUGGAAGAUUUCUUCACAAAUCUCUUCAUAAAAUCUCCCAGGAACAUGGACCGGUUAUGUCUCUCCGGUUUGGGGUAGUCCCUGUGGUCGUUGUCUCUUCCAAAGAAGGAGCUGAGGAAGUGCUCAAGACUCAUGAUCUCGAGACUUGUAGCCGACCUAAAACAGUAGGCACCGGGUUGUUUACUUACAACUUUAAAGACAUUGGUUUCGCUCCUUUUGGUGAGACAUGGAGAGAGAUGAGGAAAAUCGCGGUGCUCGAGCUUUUUAGCCAGAAGAAACUCAAGUCAUUCAGAUAUAUUAGAGAGGAAGAGAGUGAAAUGUUGGUCAAGAAAGUAUCAAAAGCUGUUGAUGAGACACAAAACUCAUCAUCGGUUAACUUGAGGAAAGUAAUAUUCUCCUUCACGGCCAGCAUCAUUUGUAGACUUGCUUUUGGGCAAAACUUCCACGAGUGUGAGUUCGUGGACAUGGAGAGAGUGGAAGAGUUGGUGCUAGAGUCUGAGACCAGCCUCGGCUCCUUGGCUUUCGCUGACUUCUUCCCUGCGGGAUGGAUCAUAGACCGGCUCUCUGGGCAGCAUUCUAAGGUGAAGAAAGCAUUUGCCAAACUCACCAACUUCUUUCAGUAUGUGAUCGAUGAUCACUUGAAGAAUGGACAGCCCCAAGAUCACUCGGACAUCAUCAGCGUCAUGUUGGAUAUGAUCAGUAAACCCACUAAAGGCGAUUCUUUCAAAGUCACUGAUGACCAUCUCAAAGGAGUCAUGUCGGAUGUAUUUUUGGCUGGAGUCAACGCUGGAGCCAUCACGAUGAUAUGGGCGAUGACAGAACUAAGCAGACAUCCUAGAGUGAUGAAGAAACUACAAGAAGAGAUUAGAACAACACUCGGACCUAACAAAGAGAAAAUCACAGAAGAAGAUCUAGAGAAAGCUGAGUACCUGAAGCUAGUGAUCGAGGAAACAUUCAGGUUACACCCACCUGCUCCUCUCUUGCUGCCAAGACUAACAAUGUCCGACGUCAAGAUUCAAGGCUACAACAUUCCCAAGAACACAAUGAUCCAAAUCAACACUUACGCGAUAGGACGUGAUCCCAAAUACUGGACCAAACCCGAUGAGUUCAUCCCCGAGAGGUUUGUCGAUAACCCUAUCGAAUAUAAAGGUAAGCAUUUUGAGUUAUUGCCGUUUGGAGCCGGACGUAGGAUCUGUCCUGGGAUGGGCACAGGGAUCACAAUCGUUGAGCUUGGCCUUCUUAACCUUCUUUACUUCUUUGACUGGAGUUUUCCCGAGGGAAUGACCAUUAAAGAUAUUGAUAUGGAAGAAGAUGGAGCUUUCGUCAUCGCCAAGAAAGUUCCUUUAGAGCUCGUUCCAAUUCGUCAUCGCUGGUGA